GUAUCUAAGCUAAGCGUAUCUGUGUAUUUUUUUUUUUACGACAGUCGACAGCCGGUACUAAGCGGGGUUCCUUCCUCCCGUCUGUGUUGUUUGCACCAGUUUUUGUUUUUGUUUGACGCUGAUGGCGUUGGUAGGUCGUCAGAUUUGGCACCUCUGACAUGUCUACAAGCAAGACGACGACAACGAUAUCGAGAAACUAUACCAGCAGUGAUAUCGAAAAGGAUUACCCUUUACACUGGCUCGUCUGGACCAAUAACUUUCAGGAGCUAGAAAAGGAGCUUUGUAAAAGUACGUGCAAUAUAGAAUCAUUAUGUCCAAGAGGUCGAACUCCACUUCAUUUGGCAGUCACUUUGGGUCACCUCGAAAGCGCUAAGAUUCUUAUGCAGCAUGGUGCCAACGCAAAUGCCGAGAAUGCAGCAUUCUGGUCAGUUCUUCAUGAAGCAACUGGCACAGGCGACCCGGAAUUGGUACAGUUAGCUCUGAAAUACAGAGACUUUCAGCGCUACAGUAAACGGUCGGCUGGAAUACCAGACUUACUGCAGAAGCUAAAAGAAUCCCCUGACUUCUAUGUUGAAAUGAAAUGGGAAUUUACAAGCUGGGUUCCACUGGUAUCUAGAGUGUGUCCAAGUGAUGUAUACAGAGUUUGGAAAAGUGGCUCCAAUGUACGUAUUGACACAACACUGCUGGGCUUUGACAGUAUGAAAUGGCAGAGAGGCAGCAGAAGUUAUAUUUUUAAAGGCAGAUGUCAAACUGCAACAGUGAUGGAAGUUGAUCAUGACAACCAGGAAGUCUAUUCAGAAACUAUACAAAUUCAGCAGAUGCCACUCAUGUCCUCCAUCCUUGAGCCGACUGCAGAGGAAGUUGCCGCUCGACUUACCUCUCCCAUCAUGACCACUUUUAUAGACACCGAUAAAAUAGCUUUUGAAAGGAACAAGUCAGGUAUAUGGGGUUGGCGAAGCGAUAGAUCUGAGGUUAUCAAUGGAUACGAAAGCAAGGUUUUCAGUGCCUCUAACGUGGAAUUGAUAACAAAGACUAGAACAGAACAUAUGACCGAAGACGACAAGGAACGCUGUAAGAAAGUGAACAAGACUCCUUUAGUGUCCUUCCUAGGGGUCGCUGAAGAAGAAAACAAAGCCCAGGGAGCCACCAACGGUGUAAGUAUAUUUGUCUGGCAGAUAAAUGAAACUUAUCCUCUUGAGGCGCAAUGGCCCAGUGAAAUUCCUUUGUUCCAUGUCCUUAAUGCAAGAAUCACUUUUGGAAACAUCUUUGGAGUCGAGAACCCAGUUGGAGGUGUCACAUGUAUUCAAGAUGAGAAAAUGUCCUGCUCCAUCGAUGAUUCUGUAUUUGAAUUGCCGGCCAACUACAACCGAGGUGGUGAUGCCAACCACGAGCGCUUGACCCUGCGUUCCGAUGACGAAGAAUUGCUCCAAUAUGCCAUCCAACAGAGUAUGAUUGAAGUCGGCACGGAAAACGACCAGGUAAAUUGCCCGAUUGAAUCUCCUGCUGAUCCUUAUGUCACAUUCUGGGAAGCUCUGAACAAGAGCCGGCCUUCUACCAAUAAUUCAAGCAUUGAAGAAGAACGCUGGCUACAGAGGUAAGUGGCAUUUUUGGCUUCUUCACUCACGAGAAGCUUGCUUGUGACAGCAUACAUAUGUACAUACAU